GCUGUUCUCAGUCGAUCGCGGUCGCCGCUCACGAACGUACCUCCCGCUGACUGUGAUUAUUUAUAUAUACAUGUUAUAGCCAAUAAACUGUCGCGCUUUGCACGCUCGUUACAUGUGUGUUUGAAAAGCGAAAGUGAAUGGAAAGUUAAUGUUCCAUUGUUCAGAUGGAAAUUUUGUUAACGUCCGCGCACUAUGAACUUUCGCGCCAUGACCGACCGUCUUCGUUUUGAGAGAAUUUAAUAAACGAGUUUUCUUAUUAUUUAAGAAGUAUGUGACGUCGAGGUUUUUUUUAUUGAGUAUAAAUUUUUCCGCUCGCAGUUUAGCAGAGGCGUUUCUUUAACGACGAUUUGACGACUGUGUCGAAAUUGUUAAAUUGUGACAAAAUUUGUGUGUUGUCGACGAAUUUCUCUCAAAACUGUCCGAGGUGAAAUAUUUAGUCAGCGGGAAAAAGAAAUAUCAGAAACAAGAAGAGAGAAACGAAAUAUACAAAGCGCAUUGAAGAUAAUUAUCGAGAGAAGCUAUUAUUAUUUACUAGAUAAUACAUUCAUUUAGCUCUUUGAUUUUAGCAAAGAUGGUAGUUGAAUCGGAAGAAAGAGGGUACUUCCAUUGGAUCGAUUGGCUGGUGUUCGCACUUAUGCUCCUCGUGUCUGCCGCAGCCGGCUUAUGGCACUUCAGAAGGGCGCAAAAGUCGAAUACUGAGGACUACUUGCUCGGAGGAAGGAGCUUAGGACUCUUUCCCGUGUCCGCUUCUCUCGUUGCCAGCUUCAUAUCAGGCGUGACGAUCCUGGGCACUCCAGCGGAAAUCUACAAUUUUGGCACGCAAUACUGGAUCACCGUCAUCUCGAUCUUUUUCGCCGGUCUCGCGGUCGCCUACGUGUAUCUCCCCGUCUUUACCACGCUGCAACUUAAUUCCGUGUACGAGUAUCUGGAAUGUCGAUUUGAUCGGAACGUGCGAAUGCUCAUAUCCUCGAUUUUCGUCUUCGAUGUGAUUCUGUACGAAUCGAUCGUGGUCUACGUUCCUGCGUUAGCGUUAAGUCAAGUGAGCGGCAUCAAUAUACACGUAAUCGGAGCCAUUGUAUGCGCCGUCUGCGUGUUCUAUACCGUUUUGGGCGGUAUUCGGGCGGUGGUUUGGACGGACGCGCUGCAAGUCGGCGUCAUGAUAGCGGGCGUUAUUUCGGUUACCGCUCUGGGGACUUAUCAAAUGGGAGCGACCGAAAUCUGGAAUAAGGCUCUUGAUGCCAAGCGUGUCGAGUUUUUCAACUUCGAUCCGUCGCCCUACACAAGGCACACUGUUUGGACGGUGCUGAUUGGUUCGUGGCUCUACUGCACCUCGUACAUCGCCGUCAAUCAAACCAUGGUGCAACGUUACAAGUCUUUAAAAAGUACAAAGAUAUCUCAAUUGUCCAUCGCCAUAUUUACCGUCAGCGUAAUGCUGUUUAUUUCAAUAUGCUGCUGGUGCGGAUUGGUUCUCCUGGCUUGGUGGUCACCGCCAAAAUGCGAUCCAAGAGUCAGCGGCUUGAUCACAGCCGACGAUCAACUGCUGCCCGCUUACGUAAUGGAAAUCGCCAAUCAUUUGCACGGAAUACCAGGUCUCUUCAUUUCUGGGAUUUUUGGCGCGGCGCUCAGUUCUCUGUCAGUGGGUCUCAACUCGACGUCCGUCGUGAUCCUGGAAGACUUCGUCAAAGGUUGCUUCAAGAUAAAACCGAGCGAACGCAGUUCCAUCAUUUUUGUGAAAAUCCUAAUUGUGGUGCUUGGUUUGAUGUCGUUGGGCAUUCUUUUUCUGGUUGAGAAAAUGGGAGGAGUUCUGUCCGUGACAAACAGCUUGGCCGCUAUAGCCGCCGGCACUUCUUUCGGCGUUUUCACUCUGGGAAUUUUGUUCCCGUGGGCAAAUUCCAAGGGUGCCUUCGUUGGUGCCAUUGCAGGGUUCACAAUGGCUGGAUUUGUUAGUUUUGGAGCGAAUGCGGCUAUCGCCUCUGGUAUCAUGGUGCCGAAGAAACUUCCAGUUCCAUCGUGCUCCGGAAAUUCUAGCCAUGAAUUCUUCAAGCAAUUCGAAACCGAGGACGAUGUGUUUCCGUUGUACCGGUUGUCGUAUCACUGGGUCGCCCCUAUUGGCACGCUGAUGGUACUUGUGGUAGGCGGGAUCGUCACUUGGAUGACAGGCGCGAGGGAUCCUUCGUCGAUCGACAGAAGUUUGCUUUCUCCGGUGAUUCAUAGGUGGUUACCGCAACGGAAAUUCCAAAGUGAUGGACUACGCUUGUCGGCGUCAACCGAACCGCAAGUACCGGCGAAUCUGUUAUCAACGAUUAUUUGCCAAAACUCGCAUCCCGAUGGAUCGUUGCGAAAAGAAGAACCCGCGAACGAAUUGUCGUUGUCGUGAUGAGCGACACGUGUAUACGUUUUUAAUUGCGUAACUUCGUUUGCGUAACAGUUUGUCAAGUACGUUUUUUAGAAUUUUUUUGACAUAUGCAUUUAAUGAGAAUUAAAUUGGAAAAGAUAUAUACAUAUACAUAUAGGCGAUGAACUUCUCGAUGAAACCGAGAGUGGAAUCGGAAUUCUUGCGGUUUUCUCAACUUUGCGCGGACAAAAGUGUAGGUAUCGCAAAGUUAACGAAAAAAAAAAAAA